AUGGUAUACCUGCGUCUUCAGCUAGCCGUCGUUGGUGCGCCUACUGUCGGUAAGUCUUCAUUUGUGCAGAUGAUACACAGCAAUGGCGUGAACUUCCCUAAGAAUUACUUAAUGACGAUGGGGUGUGAUUUUGUCGUGAAGGAGGUGCCAGUGGACGACGAAAGCACUGUGGAGAUGCUCAUCUAUGACGUUGCUGGCCAGAAGGAGUAUGAAGCAAUGGUGCCCACUUAUUUGGAGCAUGCCGCGGCCUUCAUCCUCAUGUAUGACACGUCCAACAAGGUUACGUUCGAGGCGUGCACGCGGUGGCUGAAUGUGUUGAAACUAGCGAACAAGGGCAUGAUCGGCUUCCUUGUUGCCAACAAGACGGACCUCGCGGACAAGGCGGAGGUGACGGAUCGCCAGGGGAAGGAUCUUGCUAGUGCGAACCAAAUGAAGUUCUACAAGUGCUCAACAUUGCGCGGUGUUGGCAUCCGCGAGCCCAUUGAGGACAUCGCGAAGCUGUACCUUGACGCGUACCACAAACGUAUCGAGCAACUCUCCCAAAUGAAGUGA